CGGCGCGUGGCCCCAUAUCCCGCGAUAUUUGCCACGGCAGAGCCACCAUCUCUUCUCCCCCCACCAUUCCCUCGGAAGUCGGAAGUCGUGCGCCGAAACCCUAGCCCCCGUUCCACCGCCCCCGUCGUCGGCCGUCGCCAAUCCCCUUCCCCGUUUGCGCGUGCUUGUUACUCGAGAGAAAGCCUCUGCGUCUGCGUCUGCGGCGGCGGCGAAGCGGAAUCGACGACCAUGGCCACCCGUAUUCAGUUUGAGAACAACUGUGAAGUUGGUGUUUUCUCCAAGCUGACAAAUGCCUACUGUCUGGUUGCUAUUGGAGGAUCAGAGAACUUCUACAGUACAUUUGAGUCUGAGCUUGCAGAUGUCAUUCCCGUGGUUAAGACCUCUAUCGGCGGUACUAGAAUAAUUGGUCGGCUGUGUGUUGGAAACAAGAAUGGACUUCUCUUGCCACAUACUACCACUGACCAAGAGCUUCAGCAUCUGAGGAACUGCUUGCCUGAUCAAGUGGUUGUUCAACGUAUCGAUGAAAGGCUGUCUGCCCUUGGCAAUUGCAUAUCCUGCAAUGACCAUGUUGCGCUUACACACCCAGACCUUGACAAGGCAACUGAGGAGCUUAUUGCUGAUGUCCUUGGGGUUGAGGUCUUCCGUCAGACGAUUGCUGGAAAUAUCCUUGUUGGGAGCUACUGUACAUUCUCCAACAGGGGUGGACUGGUUCAUCCUCAUACAUCCAUUGAAGAUCUUGAUGAGCUCUCCACACUCCUCCAAGUCCCUCUUGUUGCUGGAACCGUGAACCGAGGCAGCGAGGUCAUUGCUGCAGGCAUGACAGUGAAUGACUGGACUGCCUUCUGUGGCUCAGACACUACGGCCACUGAACUCUCAGUCAUUGAGAGUGUGUUCAAGCUAAGGGAAGGCCAGCCCACAGCGAUUGUCGAUGACAUGAGGAAGUCGCUGAUCGAUAGUUACGUCUAAAGAUCCAAGGUCAUGCAGUGUGGUUCUUGAGUAUCAACUCUAAACUGUACUUCUGACAGACAGUAGGAAAACCUGCUCUCCUGAGUUGUUACUUCUGGUGGUGUAUCCUAUAGUGUUCUGGAUUAAAAACCUAUGCUUUGUUCUGGUAAAAGCUCACGCUGUUGGAAUUGAUAGCUCGUGCUCUUUGUGAUAAUUUGAACCUGCAGCUUCAGUAUGUGGAUUUCAAGCUGCAUAUGGUCGCA